AUGGCCCUACCCUGGCUGUGCACCUGGCUGCUCCCCUUCCUGCUGGCAACAGCACCAGGGACAGCUGCCGAUGUGGAGGAUGCCCCAGAGGCCUGCGCCGGGGCCGAAAGCCCAGAGCUUUCCUUGCGGCAGCUCAGGGCGAGGCGACUGAACGGCACGGAGUCUGCCUCUGUGGAUGGCUUCUUCAAGGACGGCAUGCGCUGCGCCAGCAUCACGGCCCCGGAGAACGAACUUUGCCGGGAGUCAGUGGAAUGGGCAUUCGAGGUGGGCCUGAAAAAGCACCCAGAUUGGUACUUUGUGCCGCUGGGAACAACGAGCCAUGUGCCCUUGCACAUGGCAUCGCUUGAUGACAUGCAGCGACUUUUCUUUUGUGGCCGUGCCGGCGACACAGCGACCAGGUGCGGGCUUCCUCCAUGCCACUGUUCUACGCCCCCGUGCGAUCGCUGCGGAGGGGCGCCGCCUCCGCCACAACUGGCGAAGCCUUUCACGCGCAUCAAGCGCUUCAACGUCGCAGGAGAUCCAAAGAACGAAUUUGAUGUCGUGCAGAUCCCGGACCAGAACAUGACGCACUCUUGCUCCAAUUACGUGGACGAUGGGACCACAGUUUUCAGCGAAGAUGGCAAGCUUGUCCUGAAAGUGUCCUCAGCCUGCGCCGAUGGGCGCUGCCUCAAUUCCGGUCGCGUCAUGAGCAAAGAUGCUUUCACCUAUGGCAUCUUCACCUUCUCCGCCAAAGUUCCGAAAUGCCACAGCGUGUGGCCUGCCUUGUGGCUGCUGCCCGGCAGCUCGAAAGGUGAUGGCCGAUAUGGACCCUGGCCAUGCAGCGGAGAGAUCGAUGUCCUGGAGACCGUGAAUGGUGAUCCCCACGGUGCCUUCAACUUGGUCGCAGGCUUCGGGAGCACCACCGGCAGCUGCUUCGACCCCUCCGCUGUGUCCUGCAACGCCUGCGCGCCACCCCAGUACUGCACAAGCACAACUCUUGCGGAUGCCGCAGCUUCUCAUUACUUUGUGGAGGACGUAAACUGCGAUGCCAAUCAAAACUCAUGGCGGGAACACCUCUUUGUCCUCUACUGGCAGCCGGAGGUUAUUGCCGCGUUUGUAGAUCCGGAGCUGACCUACGAUGCGAGUGGGCACCUCACCGGGAUUCAGGCCAAGAAGCAUUCGAACGGCCAAGCAUCCUACAAAACCUAUCAUCGUAGCACGACGCCGACAUGGUCCGCAGUGCAGGACUACAUGGGGAAGUGUUUCCCCGGCCGUCAUUCUGCGGAUGCGCCGUUUGACAUUCCAAUGAAGAUUGUGCUCAACAUUGCAGUGGGUGGCUAUGGUGGUGCUCCGUGCUUCUGGGGCGGGGACGCCUGCCAGGCCCAGUGUGGUGGCGCCAUCGGCUCCAAACUCAUCCUCUCGGACAUCAGCGUCUGGCAGUAG